AUGGGGUCCAUCAAGCUGACCAUUCCUCCAUUCCAAGGCAAGAGCGAUCCCGAUAUUUACAUCAAAUGGGAAAGGAAGGUUGAGCUGGUUUUUGAUUGUCACAACUACUCCGAGGAGAAGAAGGUGAAGCUUGCAGCAGUGGCAUUCACCGACUACGCCAUAGUUUGGUGGGAUCAAUUAACGGUGAGCAGACGCCGAAAUGGGGAGCGACCGAUUGACAACUGGGAGGACAUGAAAGCUGUCAUGCGGAAGAGGUUUGUUCCAUCCCAUUACUACCGGGAUUUACACUUGAAGCUGCAGAAUCUUAAGCAAGGGUCUAAGACCGUGGAGGAGUACCACAAGGAGAUGGAGAUUGCCAUGAUUCGCGCCAAUGUUGAGGAGAACCGAGAGGCAACCAUGGCUCGGUUCAUUAGUGGACUUAAUUGGGAGAUUGCCAACAUUGUGGAGCUGCACCAUUAUGUGGAGCUUGAAGAAUUGGUACACAUGGCUAUGAAGGUUGAGAGGCAGCUCAAGAAGGGGGGACGAUCGUCAUCCAAAUUCGAAUCCUCUAAUUCGAAUUCGAAGUGGACUUCCAAGUUUGAAGGGGCUGGACCUAAAUGGGCUGGUUCGAAGCAGGAGGAGAAGGCCAAGGGAGACAAGCCCGCAGCCAAGCCAUCAUCUGAAUCUAAGGGGAGGGAUGCUGAUGAUGUGGAGCAUGCUGUAUCGGGUCAAACUCUUGUUGUUUUGAGAGCUCUACAUGUGCAAGCCAAAGAAGAUGGUGAUGAGCUACAAAGAGAGAACAUUUUCUACACUCGAUGCCACGUGAAGGAUCGAGUAUGUGGACUGAUUAUUGAUGGAGGAAGCACUGUGAAUGUGGCAAGCAAGCUGAUGGUGGAGAAGCUUGGUUUGAGCACUCAAAAGCAUCCGAGACCAUAUAGGCUUCAGUGGCUGAAUGAGAGUGGUGAAUUGAAGGUGACAAAACAAGUGUUGAUCUCAUUUUCUAUUGGGAAGUACCAUGAUGAAGUUUUAUGUGAUGUAGUUCCUAUGAUAGCCAGCCAUUUGUUACUCGGGAGGCUAUGGCAAUUUGAUCGAAGAACUACACAUGAUGGGUACAAGAAUCGGUAUAGCUUCAUCAAGGAUGGUCGAAGCAUGACACUUGCGCUGCUGCCACCACAUCAAGUGUUCGAAGAGCAACUCCAAAUCAAAAAGUCCAGUGCUGAGAGUUCAAAAGAAAGUAAGAGAGUGGAGUUUGAUGAUGUGUUUCUGGAGGGGAUGCCACCGGGAUUGCCACCAAUCCGUGGGAUCGAACAUUAA